AUGCCGCCGCGACGCCGGGGAGCUUCUGGCCACCGCGGCGUCCACGUGCAUCCGUCCGGCUCCUACUCCGCCGAGAUUCGGUCCGGCGACGUGCGCCUCGGCCUCAGAACCUUCGACACCGCCCACGAGGGCGCCCGCGCGUACGACGCUGCGGCGUGGCGCCUCCGGCGGUCCCGUUGGGACAUGAACUUGCCGGACGUGGCGACGCGGGAGCAGGCGCAGGAGUUGGCGCCUCCCCUGGCCGAGAUGGACGAGGAAGCCAUGGCGCUGUGGUGCCAACGCUUCCCGGAAGACGUCAUCAACGAGCAACAAAAGAACAAGCUAAAUUAA